AUGUCUGGAACAGACGGCAAAGAUGGUGCCCGCGUUGAGAUGCCCCGCUCAUCGAAACGAUUCGGCCCCGAUAGCUCCCACGGGCGCUCCAAUCCAUUUAACGCUAUAUCCCCGAUGUCCACUGGUGUCCCUUCACCGUCCACCAAUGCCUCCUCCGCCUUCGGCUUGGGGUCAGGUGCUUUCGCCUCAUUCGGCGCUCCCAAGACCCCCGGUGGUUCAGACCUGAAAACUCCGGGUGAGAAGCGCGAGUUCUCAGCGGAGCAGGAAGAGGCUAUCAGGGCUAAGGUUCUGGCUCAUUCCCAUGUUUCCGGGCCCGGUGAGAACCCGCUCAAGUCUACCUGGAUUGUCUGGUACCGUCCUCCCACGCCCAAGUACUCCGACUAUGAGAAAUCGACGGUCCCAUUGGCGUCGAUAUCAUCGGUUGAGAGCUUCUGGGCUAUUUAUUCUCAUCUUAAGCGUCCUUCGCUGCUCCCGACGGUUUCGGAUUACCAUAUCUUCAAGAAGGGUAUUCGGCCCGUGUGGGAGGAUGAGGCAAACAAAAGAGGCGGCAAGUGGAUUGUUCGGUUGAAGAAGGGCGUGGCUGAUCGCUACUGGGAGGACCUGCUGCUGGCUAUGGUGGGUGACCAGUUUGCGGAGGCUGGGGAUGAGGUCUGCGGCGCCGUGCUGAGCGUACGGGGUGGAGAGGACGUCUUAAGUGUGUGGACACGCAUUGAUGGUGGGCGGAACAUCAAGAUCAGAGAAACGAUCAAGCGUCUGCUUGCCUUCCCAUUGGACACCAAUAUCAUCUGGAAGAGUCACGACGACAGCAUCGCCCAGCGUUCUGCUAUUGACCAGGCCCGCCAGGAGAAAGGCACCAACCCCAGCACUCACCUAGGCACAGAACGGCGGCGCCCGACUCACGAAGACCCGGACAAGGUCAAGGGAGCCACUGCGUGA